GCCCUAUUCAACCUAUUAAAAAAUGUUCUCGUUGGGCAAAUCUCACCAGUACCUCGAGCUGAGCUACAAUCGCAUCUACGAAGUGUUUCAUUGGUUUCUGAAAAUUUGUCUGCUGCGCAUCUUCGACGAUGACUUUCUGGUGGCCCGCAUUCCGACCACUUUGUUUCAGUUUCACGAAACGGAGCUGGUCAUUUCGCUCUGUAUCAUUCUGCUGCAUGCGUGCAGCUACCGGAACGAUCUCGACACAAUCAUACUGAGCGUGUCGGCGUUUGUGUCCGCGUUCGAGCUGAUGCUCAAAAUCAACGGCAUGGUCUAUCGGCGCAAACAGAUCGCGGCGAUGAUCCGUACCGUGCUGAGCGAUCGCAGCUCUCUGAACGGUCCGAUCGAGGCUGCCAUCUGCGGGAAGUAUCUGCGCUUAGCAAGAAAGCUCUUGCUGGUCACAAUCCUGUCCUACCUGACGACGGGCGCAAUGCUGCUAAUCUAUCCCGUGCUGUCGGGUGGGCUCGCCGACCGAACCCUUCCACUGGGCUAUUCGAUACCGUUUGCUGACUACCGCACCCAUCCCUGGUAUCUGAUCAACUAUCUGCUGCAGAUCGUGCAGGUGCAGUGGGUGGCGCUGGUGUUUGUGGGGCUGGAUGGUCCCUUCUAUCUGUUUGUGUGCUACUCGGCCUCCCAGCUGGAGAUAUUGAUUGUGUAUCUGCGCCAAAUUGGCGAAAGUCCCGAUAACGUGCAGGAGCAGCGACGAUUGAUGCGGAAGGUGUUUGAAAUCCAUACCGGACUUUCUCAAUUCGUUGCUCGAUGUUCCAGCAUCUACCGGGAGGUGUACCUGAUGCAGGUGCUCUGCUCGAUCGUCCACAUCUGUGUGUCGUUGUUUCACAUUCAGAUCAAGUUUAAAAAUGGUUCAUACGGCAUGCUGCUGACUAAUGUGAACAAAAUAUGGCUAUUCUGCUACUGUGGUGAGCUGGUCGUGAGCAAGGCGGCCGAGUUCAGUACCGCCGUGUACGCGAAUCAAUGGUACCGGCUGUGGAAUCGACGGGAUCUGCAGGACAUUCUGUUUAUGCUGCGGAACGCCCAGCGCAACUAUGGCUUCAGCAUCGGCGGGUUUGGCUUUCUGUCCUUUGCCACCUUUACAGCGGUUAUGAAAACUGCCUACAGCUGUAACGCCUUCCUGCACCGGGUGAUGAACUGAAUGUACGGCAUUAACGACCGUCAAAAGGAUACAAUCAUUGCUUAACCACCUUAAGGAUUGGCACCGUAGCACCGGCAGAAAAGUUUCAAACUCAACCAGUGGCUUCGCGACACCUCACCCACCUUCACGCAGCCGCACAAAAUAAAGUAAUUUGCAUAACACCGGUGCCGGAAAUUGUUUUGCCAACCGCUCACAAAAAGCUGUUUUCUCACCCGUUCCUUAAUUUGGAAGAACAAGCCGCCCGCACGCUCCUCCCCUCCCACAAAACAGUGGGUGGAAACAGACUUGAAGGUUGCUGAAGUUUUGAAAGAAGUGAUAAUGAGUUUUGUCUGUCGUUUUGGUGGCGAUAGUUCGUGUGGCCAAAGCCGCCUUCUGCCUUGUCGCCAUGCGCUUCAUCUUGACAGUGGGGCGUUAAAAUUCGUCACCAACCACUAAUCGCUCCCAGCUCUGACGUCACGACACUCCGUCGUGGAUCUGUUUUGCUGAGUCGUUGUGUGUGUGUUUAUGUUUGUGCCUUUGCCCCUGCCUGGAGCUAUCGUUCGCUUCUUCUCUUUUCAUUUAUUAAUCGAUUUCGUAAUGUAAAGUACAGUCACCUAAACAAGCGGGCAAACGAAGGAAAAUGAGUCUCACAGAACGAGCAAAGAGUAGCAAAAGAAAAUGUACCCACAAAUAUAUCUUCAAACAUUUUUCAAUUUCCAUCAUCAGCAGAGGUGCAAUUUGUCUUCGUGCAAGGUUUCCACCAAACCCAUCUUGCAAAGAAAAUAAAUAAAUCCUGCCACUGUGUGCUACCCGAACCUCUUGUGGUUCGUUUGCUUCACUUUUCGGCAAUACUCAGUCGUGGUUUGCCAUUAAAAGCUUUACCUACAAUAACGGUGUGCGCGGGUGUGUGUAUUUCUUUUUUUAAAGCCAUUUUUUUCUCUCGGGGACAGAUCGAUCCAUUACCCUGCACAAACAAAGUGAAUUGGCGAAAUGAGAACCAUUGCUUCCGGUUGCGGUUGUAUGACUGUUAGAAAUGAUUUGAAUUGCUGAUGAGUUGUAGUGUGCUUUUUUCUCAACUCUCUUCUUAUACGGUCCCGUUUUGUCCCAUCCCAUGAAGAGGAAAAGUCAAAUUAGAUUCUGCAGCCUUGCGGGAUCGAGCGCCAAUCUGGCAGAUAUGUAGUGGUGGUGCAAAUUUAUUCCACCAAAAAUGAAAACGGAAGCUGCGUGAAUGGCGGCAGCGGCGGGAUAGAGGAACACAGUACCAGCGACGUGACAACCAUCAACGAUGCAUCAAUCGUAGUAGCAGGCCGGUGGAAGCAAGCAGCACUCCCGAAAGCGUAAGCGGCGAACCUCCGUUG